AUGGCGACAGAGAAUAAGCGAGACGAGGCCAACUAUACCCAUAGUUUUAGCAAUCCAGUGACCCAAGAGGGUUCACGACCGAAUUGGGAGCAGUUCUCCCUUUUCCCCCACGAAGCAGCCCUAUCGGGCGCCGCCACCCCUGACUCGCCGCCAGGCCCGCCCCUCCCUCGCCGGCUCGCCGCCUGCGCAGCCACACAACCGCACCACCCCGCGUCGCCACUCCCGCAUCCCACCGUCCCGCGCGAUCUCUACUGGCGCCUGGGAAGAGGGUACGCUGCCGCCUGGUUCAACUCCGACCUCGCUGUUCCAGUACAGCGCCGACCAAAAUUCCCUCCGGUUGACCAGUCCAAGAACAGCCAACCAGGACGACGAGGACGCUCGACGGUCACCUCCAGACCUCUACUCCAGACCAGGACAUUCGGCCGACGCUGUGUAUCAAUGGAUUUAGAAUCUAUAAAGGAGCUAUUGCUUUCUCCUAGACCAGGAAAUUUUGCCACUGGAGAUUAGAAGGAUUGUUCUAAAUUGGUGCAUGAAGCUAUGCGUUCUUUUAGCGGACAUUUAUAUAUGUCUGCAUAGUUCUUGCUCUUCAACCAUGAAGCUUGAAAAAACCCAAAAAUUGUUCUGAGUUAAACUUCAUGUAUGACGGAUUGUCACUGGAAAUAGAUAGAUACUUUUGUGAAUGAAGUAUUAUGUCUCAUUUACCAUCUUGUAAACUAAGCUUACAUUUGUUUGAAAUUGAUGUUUUUAGUCAAAA